UUUAAAUAUAUGAGCUCUGUAAUUGUGAUUUACUUUUUUUACAUCUUUCGAUCGUUGCAAUCGAUAUUCCUACAAGAUUUUACAUACAUAUUCACAUUAGUAACAAGACCAGCAUGGACAAAGGCCCCGGUUCCUCCACAAUGACCAGGAAGACCAUAUGUCCAGCCACGGGCAAAGACAUGAAGGUAAACGUCGUGGGCGACGGCGCCGUUGGCAAGAAUUGUCUUCUUACCACCUACAUAGUGGGUGUCUUCCCAGAGGAAUAUGUGCCGAUUGUGUUCGAGCAAUACAAACACGAAGAGAUCAUCGGAGACACGACCUACGUCAUUACUUAUUGGGUCAGCGCUGGCCAAGAGGAUUACGAUAGGUUACGGCCUCUUUCAUAUCCUCAGACAAGCGUGUUCAUAUUGUGCUUCAGUCUCGAUUCCCCGUCAAGCUUCGAAAACAUUUCAGCAAAGUGGAUACCAGAAGUGAGAGCGCACAGCGACAAGACUCCCAUUAUUCUAGUUGGCACCAAGAAAGAUCUCCGAGGAACUAAAGGUCUAAGUUCCGAACUGGGCGAGAAUUUGUGUCGCAAGAAAGGCCUGCUGCAGUACCUGGAGUGUUCCGCGCUCACCCAGGAAGGUCUCAAAGAAGUGUUCGAAGCGGCGGCUCUUGCCGCUGCCGCUCCGAACCCCCUCGAGUUCAAGAAGUCGUCGGGAGCGUGCUGUUUUAUGUAGUAUUUAUUGUGAUAAUUUACAUUGCUGCAAUAAAUAAUAAGAUAAUUAACAUUGCUCGUGUGAUAGAUCAUAUUUUUAUGGCAUCUUCGAAGAACUUCGAAUUGGCUCGUUUCUUUGGAAAUUUUGUGUGCUGGUGAAUCGUCUUUUAGGAAGAUUAGUCAAUAUUGUUUCAUCUAAUUAUUUUGUAACGGCUCUUUAACAGUUCAGGCUGUUGAGGCGUACAUUAAGCAGGAAUGUCAUUGUGGUUGUGGCUCCUUCAAAUCAGCGGCUGCAACAGUAGCAUCACAUUAUUCUGAAUCACCGCAGUAGUGUAAAGCAUACAGUACGUAGUGUAUUGCAUAUAGUGCACCGAAUAGUAAAUUGUAUAAUAGUCUCGGCGUAGAAGAUUAGGCCCGGUCUGGCCGGUCGUCGAUUCACGUUUUUGACUAGUUUCCAGGAGGUAAAAAGUUACAGGAUAUAGUCAGGCUGACGCUAAAACUUACAGUUUCCCCUUGAGAAAAAAAAAACAUUUGGCCCAGGUAAAAUCCCGAUACGAAAACUGUCAGGCUUAAAACAGAUAAACACAUUAAUUGUA